AUGCCAUCUUAUCGCAAAUCUAGCUUCUGUACUUUAGACUUCACCCUUCUCAUCAUUUUACGGAGACUGGCUAUCUGUAGCAGUCGAGGCGAUGUUCAUAACCACUGGCCCAAAGACCAAGAGGGCGAAAAGGCCCAGUGUCUAUCGGACUUGCGAAUAACAGACCCCCGCCACGAUAAACUUCGCAUAGAGAGUACAAAGGGCGGGUUGCUUGAAGAUUCAUACGGCUGGAUCUUCGAACACGGUGAUUUCCAGCAAUGGCACGAUAACAAAGACCGCCCUCUGCUCUGGAUCAAGGGUGAUCCCGGCAAGGGCAAGACCAUGCUCCUCUGCGGAAUUAUAAACAAGUUGCGGAAUCAGCGUAGUCCCAAGACGUUAAUCACCUACUUUUUCUGCCAGGCGGGCGACUCGCGCAUCAAUAGCGCGACUGCGGUGCUUCGAGGUUUGAUCUAUUUGGCCAUAGACGAGCAGCCACAGCUCAUCUCCCAUAUACAAAGCAAAUACAAGCACGGAAAGAAGACUAUGUUUGAAGACAUCAAUGCUUGGACUGUAUUGUCUGAAAUUCUCUCAGAUAUACUUAAUGACACAAGCUUAGAGCAGAGCUUUGUUAUUAUUGACGCACUCGAUGAAUGCGCAACAGAUUUACGGAACCUCCUCGACUUCAUCAACACAAAAUCCACUCUAUUUCCUCAAGUCAAGUGGGUCGUAUCGAGCCGCAAUUGGCCAGAGAUUGAAGAAAGUCUUAAUUCUUCUGCGAGUCAGCAAACAAGGCUAUGCCUGGAACUUAAUGACAAGUCUAUCACUAUGGCUGUUGAUAUAUAUAUCAAGCAUCAAGUCGAACGGUUGAAGUUUAGAAGAAAGUUUUCAGAAGAAAUACAGCGCACUCUCUUACAUGAAUUAUCCACCAAAUCUAACAACACCUUCCUUUGGGUUUCCCUGGUCUGUCAGAAUCUGGAAAAGACCACCUCGCUCGAUAUCCUUGAAAAGCUAGAUGAAUUUCCAUCUGGGCUUAAUUCGGUAUACAGAAGGAUGAUAAAGCAAAUAAAUGACAUAGACGGUAUUGACGCAAAGCACUGCUUUCAGACCCUUGGCAUCAUAUUGCUUGUAUAUCGGCCCAUUACAUUGGUCGAGCUCGGCUGCCUUUUCAAGCGUAACGACGGUAAUCCUGCAACUGCUGAAUUUAUUUCCAAUACGAUAGCACUUUGCGGCUCGUUCCUAACUAUACGAGAAGGAAAGGUCUAUAUUAUACAUCAAUCGGCGAAAGAUUAUUUAAUUGCUGCCGCUUUUACUGAUUCCCAACUUAGCUAUGCUAAUAUCCACAACAUUAUCUUUGAACAAUCGAUCAAAGCCAUGUCCGUUAUACUACAACGGAACAUGUAUAAUUUGGACCCCCUUGGAAUUCCAAUAUCUCAGAUUGAGCGCCCAGAUCCUGAUCCUUUGGAACCCAUACGCUAUUCUUGUACACAUUGGGCCAACCAUUUGUGCGAUAUGUAUCUCAGUAAUGAUAAUCUUCAUUAUGAGAAACACAAUAAACAGCAUCAGAUAGCUCGCAGCUUCCUUCUAAAGCAUUUUCUAUACUGGCUCGAAGCUUUGGGCCUCAUUGAAUGCACAGAAGACGGGGUCAUCUCGAUAAUACGACUAGAGAGUUUAUUAAAAGUAAGAAAUGUUAGCACACAACUUACCUACAGAUUUUUAGAGCUUGUACAAGAUGCACGGCGAUUUAUCCAGCAGAACAGGUCAAUAACUGCAUAUAAUCCUCUCCAGGUUUAUGCAUCAGCACUUAUAUUCAGUCCAUCGAGUAGCAUAAUGCGCAAAUUGUUUGAAACCGAAGAACCAAAGUGGCUAAAGGUUAAGCCUAAUGUGGAUUACAAUUGGACUCCUUGUUUGCAAACAAUUAGUGGCCAUGACAAUGUGGUUGGAUCUGUUGCUUUCUCUGCAAAGGGCUAUCUUGCUUCAGCGUCAAGGAAUGGAAAAAUAAAGUUCUGGAAUGCGACAACAGGCAGAGAACGGUACACAAUUAAUAACGGCCAUCACACCCAUUGCAUUGCUUUUUCAGUAGAUGGCCGAUACCUCGCAGCUGGCUUUGGAACUCUAUCUACAAACAUCUGGGAUGUUACAACAGGCAAGAAACAGCAAACUUUUCGAAGUGAGAGUCAAACAACUCGAAAUUAUCAUGGUUGGGUCGUUUCACUUGCCUUUUCAAUAGACGGUCGUUAUCUCGCUUUGGGGGCGGCUGGUGGGUCCAUAAGGAUCUGGGAUAUUGUUUUAAGUAAAGAGCAAAUACUCGAGGGUCAUACGGCCCGCAUUCAUUCAAUCGCCUUUUCAACACGUCAUCACCUCGCUUCAGGGUCAGAUGAUGCGACUGUAAAAAUAUGGGAUGUAACAGGCAAAGAGCAUCAAACACUCGAGGGUCAUAAGUAUUCAGUUCGAUCAGUUGCUUUCUCAGCGGAUGGCCAAUACCUAGCCUCUGGAUCAGCUGAUGUGACUAUCAAAAUCUGGAAUAUGACAACGGGCAAAGAACACCAAACACUCCAAGGUAGAAGUGGCUUCUGCUCGAUUGCAUUCUCGCCAAAUCGCUAUUAUCUUGCGUCAGGGCAAUCGGAUCAUUCAGUCACGAUCUGGCAAGUGACAGUGGGCAAGGAAAGGCAUAUCUUCGAUGAUUAUGAAAUUAACUCGGUUGCCCUCUCAGCAGAUGGCAAUUAUCUCGCCUCCGGGAGUAGUGAUGGGGUUAUACGAAUAUGGGACACAACAACAGGCGAAGAGCGUCGAAGGCUCAAGGGCCACAGUUACUCAGUUACAUCAGUUGCUUUCUCCGUGGAGGGUCGAUACCUAGCCUCAGUAUAUUGGGAUUGUACCAUAGAAAUAUGGGAUGCAAUGACAGGCAAAAGGCAGCGAUCGAUUAGGGACGCUUCUCCUGGCCGCUAUUGCUCUAUUUUUUUCUCCCAGGAUGGUUGCUAUCUUGCUUUCAGCAUGUUCAAUCGCGAUUUAGCCAUCUGGGAUGUAAAAAUGGGCAAACUCCACCAGACAAUUGAAACCCGUGGGAGUGAUUAUAGCUUGCUUACCUUCUCAGCUGACGGCCGCUAUCUUGCCUCAGCGGUAGACGGUACUAAUCUUCGUGCCCAUGGAUUCAAUAAUAUGGCUAUAAGAAUCUGGGAAAUAGAACCGGGAAAAGAACGGUAUAUCCUCAAGGGCCAUAGCAAAUGGGUUACCUCAAUUGCUUUCUCACCAGAUAAUCAAUAUCUCGCCUCAGGGUCAAUAGAUGGGGCUAUAAACGUUUGGGAUAUAAUAACAGGUGCAGUGUUGCAAAUAACUAAGAAGCAGACUUUGAUACUUACGUCUCGAGUUAUACCUCCAGCUACCAGUUCGGCCAAAGAUGAAUGCGAAAAUCGGCUUAUUGCUAAUAGCACUAAGAAUGGAAAUGAUGUGGGCUACGGUCUAAGCCUUGAUGCAUGCUGGAUUACUUGGAACGGCCAUGCUAUACUGUGGCUUCCGCCUGAAUACCGGUCUCUCCAAACCAUUGUGCGGCCUUUAUCAGCUUCUACAUCAUCACAAUCACCAAUGAAGGACGUGCUCAUUGCUCUAGGAUCUCGUUCUGGAAGAGUAGUGAUAAUGAGGAUGCCGGGCUCAGGACCAUACUCAAUGUUGUAAUUCCAUUUUUAGCAAAAUUGUUGGAUAACAAAGGAGAGUUCAAGAGCAAUUCAGUAUUUCUACAUCUUUCUGCUGAAAUAAAAAGCCUAGACUUUACAUAAAGUUCAUGUUGUGUCUUUCUCUUCCUGUCCACCCAUCAUCAAUCCUAGAUUUGCUAAACGAUAUCUAGCUGGACAGACACUGAGAGUAGUACGGAUUCGAGUAUUUGCAGGUGCCUGAUGAACAGCACGUAGCACCGCUCCAACCGGUGCCGCCGCAUUGUCCAUACAGAGGAGAGCAGCUACCAGUAGGACCAGAGGGGGGCUUCGAUGUGCUCGUGGCCUUGCUCGUGGUCGUACUUGAAGCUGGAGGAGGUGGAGUUCCGCCAUUGAUGGCCGCCACAUGGUCUGUAACCAAGCAUGUGAAGUCUGAAGUUCCAUAGUAGACAGUAUUUCCAUCAUCAGAUGACUGGCCGUUGGAAAGGGUAUCACCCCACUGCCACAAUAGAUCGGCAGCCAUGCCUUUGCUCGCCAGAGCAGUCUGCUGCCACGGAGACUCAAUAGCACAGUGAUUAGUUGUUGCGCCGU